CAUCCACGAGCGGCUGUAAUGCGGAGAGGGGAGCAGCCAGCGCAGUCCCUGGAAAACAGAGUCGCGCAAACGUGUCAAGAUACCACCGGUUUCAACGAAAAACGCAUUUCCUGGCGGGAAUUUACCGCUGAGGCGUCGGAUGGAUGAUGAGGAGGAGGACAUGUCACAGCCUAUCUCGAAGCUCUGGGAAACGCCCUUUAGAGACAUCAAAUACGAAGACCAAGCCACACAGAUGGCAGCUGGACAGGCCCUUGCUGCCGUCACUGCCGCCAUGCCUACGUCGCAGGGCCAUAAUAACAGCAUUAACCUACUGCCCUGCAGCUUACUCCGGCAGCCUUGCAUACCUUUCCGCGGGAACGCUGGAUUGCUCUCACAUCUUCCCGCUCAGUUUGAGCCCAUGGAGGACCGGGGCGAGAGCCAGAUUGAGGAGGAAGAUGGAGGGGAAGAGAACCACAGGAUGGCAGCGGGGCCGGAGGAGCCGGCGGGGGUGAGCGUCGAGGUGCAAAUUGGACGUAAACUCCGGCAGAUUGGAGACCAGUUCCACCAGGAACACAUUGAAUUGUUCGUGCGGCACCAGAGACAAAACCUGCCUGUGUGGAUGCGCCUUACGAUGGCCCUUGUUGGCUUUCUGUUUCCAAGAGAGGGUCUCUUCCCCCGCCUGCAGGGACAGCAGAGAUGAAGGGACUUCCUGCUGGCCCUCGCCUUGGCCCUCGUUUUUCUAAAUGGGACCAAGGGAUCAGACUUAGAGAUGGCACUGUAAGAUGGAAAACGGGUUUGGAUUUUGUUUUCUAACUGAACAUGAAGAUGAGAUGAAGACACUGGUCGCCGCUGGACGGAGACUGAUUCCCUUUUUUUUUUUUUUUUUUUUGCCUCUCCGAGAAGAAGCCAUUGUGUUUUGAAGAGAUAUUUUCGAAAUAUUUGUAAGAUUACCUAUUUUGUACAGUUAAACUGCUCUUUUUAUUUGGUGUUUUCAAGUCCCGGAGGACCUCCAUCAGUCCAGGGAAUGCCUUAUUCUCUCUUGCUGCAAAACAUGAUAUUUUGCAUCAUGAAAAUCAUGGGAGAGAGAAAAAUGCUAAGAUUAGGCCACUUUUAGGUGACAGACUGUGGAUAAAAGACAUUUCUGUGCUGAAAUUACUGACUUUAAACCUUGAAGGUUCAAGGCACAUUUCUGGUUUAUUCCCCCAAAAAUCAACAACAAACCAAGUACUUACCCUUCUCUGUUUCAUGCUGACUAAUGUGAUAAAGGCUCCAUAUAAAUGCAUGUUUCACCAGCUUCCACUGUAAACACGGGGAUGUGAAAUCAAUCCGCAUCUUUUACUGGUGUCAUUUAUGAGCAUCUCCCCCUCCAGCAGCAGAUGUGGUGUUAGAGGUCCCCUCCAACCCACUGUGUACAUUCAGACACUGUUAAUAUGAAGCAUGUAUACUUGAAUUCGGUAUAUUGAAGAUAUCUCAGUCGAAUCAUUCAAAGCAAUUGCGGCUCCGAUCUCGGUUUGCGAUCAUGUGUCCGUCGUGCUUUCCGUCUGCAAAUCCUGCAUCGAUUCUGAAACCAAAUAAGCACAAAUCUCCCUCGUGGGAUUACGAUCAGGGCAUUGGAAAACAAUCAGCUGAAAAGCUUUGAAUAGAUGUCAUAAUUUUUCCGAAAAUUUUCCCCAGGAUGUGUUACCCCAUAGCGGACUUUGACAAUCGCAACGUUACCCUUUUGCUGCAUCGUGGGUUGCCUGUGAAAGAGAUGACAUUUAUCAGCAAUAUUCCAGCCAGUCGAAGGAGUAACAGUCGUAGGAAUCAGCUGCAUUUGCAAUCAAACCGACAUCCAGAGAUUCUCCACGAGCUACAUUUUGUCUUCACAAAUCUUUCCUUUGUUUUUUUUUUUUUUUUACAAAAGCAUUUUGGCAUGCGUUGUAGAGAUGCAUUUAUAUUUUAUUUCACUCCAGCUGUAAAUGUCUCGAGCACUGAUUUAAACCUGAUGUGCUGAAACGCGUCUUGAGAUCUCUCAAACUGCCAGCGGUACCUUCAGCUUCACUCCGUGAAGACGGCUUCUGUACAGUUUAAGAAUCUGCUUCCUUAACACACGGACACACCUGGGAACAACGUUUCACACCAACACAGCCACUGCCUGUCAGAAAUUUGAUGUUAAAGAUUCCUCACUUGUCGGUUGUAGAUUCACAAUAUUCACUUUUAAGACACUGAUGUUUUUUUUUUUUUCUUCUUCUUUUUUACGUUUUCUUCAGGGAGUAGUUAACGGGCCAUAUUUAACGCAUCCAACGCUAUUUGAGAGCGACCUCUGGUGAAAACGUUUGCGUGUGGCCGCUCUUAAAUCAGAGGAUGGUGAAGGAUCUGAUGUUUGAGACUUUUUUUUCUCGAUGGGAGUGUGUUACGAGUGUGUCACAUUGAGCACGUUUUUUUCUUUUUACUACAGGAGUAGCUGAACCCGAAAGUUUGUUUCCUGCAAACAUUGAACGCUGAGCCAAUUCAGAUAGUUGUGACACACUCAUGUGCAGUCCAAAUUCCCCUACUCUCUCUAUCUCUCUCGUUCCGUGAGCUUGUCUAACUACUCCCUGUCCUUAAUGAGAACAGUUUUCGCUAUGUUUUGAUUCUUUUAAGAUAAUUUAUUCUAAUUUAUUUUGUGUAUAUUUGCCCAGUGCUACUGUAUAGAUGCUAUCUCAGAGUGUACAGUCCUUUUCUUCUCAUUGUGGAGGUGCGUUCAGUUGCGUGUUUGAAGCCUGUGUGUGGGGAGGUUGGACUAAAGCCAUGUGCCUCGUGCUCUCUCACACAAAUGGCGUGAGUCUUUACGAAAUCACAUGAAGGACAGACAGACAAUCAACUGUACAAAAUGUGCCUUGUGCGUAACAGACCUGCCGCACCAUGAGCGUCAACAACAUUUGGCAUAAUUAUACCCCAGGUCACUGCAGUCACAGCUCGUUUCACUUUUGAGCUCAAAGAAACAAAAAUAAAUCUCAUUCAUUUGUCGCAUCAGCUCACGAGGCACAGGCUCAACUUUUCAUAUCUCUCUGCUCCAAUGGCAAGUUUCUUCACCCAAAACCCUCUCAAUACCAGAAAUGGCUGUUUGCAACUUGCACUGUACAAAAUUUUUUUUAUCUGUAUACUGUACUGGCGCCUCUCUCGCUUUCUCUACUCCAGUGCUGAACUUCCCCUGUCGAUUCUUGAAACUUUUUAAAGAUCUGCGAUAUGCUGGAUCAGCCCGGCGCGUCUGGGGUUGUUGUGCUUUAUUAUCUACAAAUCGAGUAGAGCUUUGGGUUUCAGUCUUGCCAGCCAUACCCAUUCAUUUUUAUAAAACUUCUCUUUCAUGGAAUGGGACCGUAGCCAUUUUCAUCGGUACAGAACGUACCGAGCCAAAUCACAGCGAUGUGGAGGCGGGCGUUAUGUGACGACUGAAACAAAAGCCACUAUUAAAACCAACUAGGCCGCAACGUUGCUAAUAACACCCUUGAUUGGUACUAGCCCCAGAAAAUCAGAGUCAAAUCCAGAUAAACUAGACUAAAUGUUUGUAGCGGAGAGCUGAAGCGUCAGGACGGCUGGCCAAGCAUCUGGGUUUACCUUUGAAGGAGGGAUGAGCCACCAUGGUGCCCGGUUUUUAUUUGUUUGUCGGGUGCGUUGAACCCGUCGCUGCCAACCACUGUUGCAACCUCAACUCAAGUGAAACAUUUUUGUUCAACCUUUGUUGUCUUUAAUUUUGUUUUUCCACUUUUUUUUUGGUUUGAUUUUGUUUCUAUAGAAACCAAGAAAGAGUGUAUCUUUACUGUCAAGUGCUGUGAUUUGGUGUUUUUUAUACAUUUGACAUGAAUUUGACUCACAUGUUGCAAUCUUUAUAAAAAAGAAAAACCACGGAAAAUGUUUUUGGAUACUUUUUUUGUAAGAGGACGAAGAAAUAGCUGCAGCAACAUGGACUUUUGGUUUUCUACAACUGCUUUUUUCAAUGUUAUGGCAUUCUUGAUUUUUGAUAUUGCCAAGUCUGCUGUGUCACUCAAGUUAAAGGGCUUUUUUUCAGUAUAUGUAAAUGAAGUAAAAAUGCAUGUCCAACAUUCCUGGAAAACAAAUUUCUGUAUCUUAAGGGUUUGAAUGUAACUUCGGAGUGAAAAACCACAGUAUCUUUUAACACAUGAAAUGAACAGGCCGGCGUGCUCAGUACGCUCAGGUCGUAUCGUCUUCACCUUGCUUUCUUUACGUUCAGAGUGGUCUCAAGGAUUUCACAUUCAUGUGUCUAAUGAAGUGAGACCCAGUCCAGAUGUAGCAUUUUUUUUCUUUAAAAACAAAAAAAAAAGAAAAAAACAUUGGCUGUGUUAUCUUUGGGACUGCUCUGCUUCUCCUGCACAGACUUCAAACAGCGCGGGACACUGGAAUGAUGGAGGGAUUGGAGGAGGAGGACAGGGGAUGUUUGUUACUUUUCUAGUGCAAUAUGCUGUACAUAAGAGCUUGGCUCAAAUCUUACAGUUUCUCUUUAUUUCUUUUGUUGUUAAAUGGGUACAUUGCUGUUUUUUCCCAUUAAAACUUUAUGCUCAGUUUA